UCGAAUCAUAAAAAUAUAUUUAUUUUAUAAGUGUAUUAAAAUAGAUUUUCAUUCCAAUGAUCCAUAUAUUCUACACUAUUGUAAGAAAAUGUGAUGUUUGUUAAUCAAAUUUCAUGAAACCGAAGUAUCCGGAGAAAAGCUGCUGGGUUUCGGUAGAAAAUUGUCAAUGAAUGUACUAAACUGCCUGUCUCCAGAAAAAAUUGGAAUUGGAAGAAAUGGAGAAAUGCAAUAUCCAGGGAGAAGAAAUUGAUAUACCAAUUGAUCUGAUCGAAAAUCCUGAAAUAUUCUCACAAGUGAUAAGCUUGGGUACUUGGAACUCUACUCUUAUGCCUGAUGACCGGAAGCAUUUGAAGAAAUUUCUCCCCGUUUUACCAACUGAUUAUCCACAUGCUCAAGAAGAGAAUCUCAGGUCCCUUUUUGGUGGAGAAAACUUCAAAUUUGGAAACCCGUUGGAAACUUUUCAAAAGAAACUUCAAGCUGGACUCUACACAUCUGAUAUCGUGAACUAUCGUAGGCGAUGUAAAGCAGCAAAGGUUAAAGAAUACAAGCUCAGGCUAAAGAAAUUUUAUCGCAAGUUGGUAACCGAUGUCCUCUUGUCAAGACAGGAAAUUAUCGACCAAGUCCUUUCUAAUGCUCGCCAAGACACGCCUAUAACUUUAAGCUGGAAUGAACGUCGAAUGCAUCGUGGCUCCUCUUUAUCUGCAAACCUGGAUGCAAGAUACAAAAAGAUUAUUAGUGAAGUGAAAGAAGAAUGCGAGGACCACGGAAUUUCAUCCGACGAUGAAGCAGCAGAUAUGUCUGUCCAGCAGCAGUUCGUGUUCAACGGCGGUGUUCACCAGGCAGGGUAUCUAGCUGGUAAUCGAGGUGCAAUUGUCUCGACCCCGGUCUCCACUCCAGGGGCACGGCUCAUAGUUACUGAGGAGGACUAUCACAGAAUGUUGCAAAGUCAUAAACGAAAAAGAGUGAAUAGAGAGGCUUUUCCUGAACUUGACACGGAAGCUAUUACUCUGGAAGACAUUAUUGCCAGAACGAAUGUCACCACAAGAAGAGCAUCGAAGACAGCGGUGGUGAAGAGAAAAUACAAAGUGAAGGAGAAAAGGGAACAGAAGAAAAAGUUUAAGAAGAAACGAACUGUUCCUAAUGUGGUUCCCAAGCCUUUGCCAACUGCUCCGCCUCCUGCCGUGUCACCCAUUAUGCAGAAACCAAAAGUGGUUGAACCGGUUAUCGAACAGGGCACUGCGGUUGACGCUAAGAGCUUCAAGCUAAUGGAAAGCAGCUGUCCAUGCUUCUUCUCAUUGCUUCGGGAUAUAUUUUUGGGUCUGCCAGAUGCAACUGCCGAGUUGGACCAGCUGGAGCGUAUGGUUGGAGAGUGGCAACAAUCAUGUUCUUGCGUUGCAAGUGCUUGGAGUGUUAAAGAGCGUAAUUGGAUAGAUCAGAUACCAUCUGCUCUAAAAUUUCUUGCUGGGAGUGGAAAAGAUGUUUUGAAUUGCCCGUCAUAUAUACCAAUGGUGAUUUUUAAGCAAAAAGUUCAUCAAUGGAAAUGGAUAGGUACCUUCCGAGACAAGGAUACAGACCUCGAACCCUUAUUUGAUCACUGGCUGGAGACUAAAGACAACGUUGCUAAUAUAAAUGUUCCAGCUUCAACUGCGCCGACAUUACCACGUGCGGUAUAUGUUGUGGCACCAAGUACAGAGGUUGAAAAAUCUGCUUACCAAGUUCAGGAACGACAAAGAUAUGAAAAUCCUCAUAAACCAUUUAUUUAUAAGAUGCAUGGAUUUGACUCGAUCGUCGCCCCGGUCAAGGGCGUGUUUACGAAAGAAUCCAAUCUAAAUAAGGCGCGAGAACACUCCUUAUUGGUAUCCAAGCGGCCUCCCUACGUGACAAUUUUGACAUUAGUACGUGAUGCUGCCGCGCGAUUGCCAAAUGGUGAAGGCACUAGAGCAGAGGUUUGUCUUCUGUUGAAAGAUUCUCAAUAUAUUAAUCCAACUGCAACCGAUGGACAGAUUCAUACUGUUGUAAGUGGAGCUCUCGAUCGACUUCACUACGAAAAGGAUCCGUGUGUGAAAUACGACAAUGCACGCAAAGUUUGGAUAUACCUUCACAAAACAAGAACUGUCGAAGAGUUCGAGAAGCUUCAUGAGGCAAGUGCAGCUGCAGCCCGUGCAAAGAAACAACAGAACCAAAAACAGAAACAAUUGAAACAGCAGCAAAAAACGAAGGAAUCAGGGAUUGGUGAUGUUUCGCUUCCGACGACUGUCUUUGAGGAGACUGAAGGACCGAACGCUAAGUUGCCAGUACCUGGUGUUGUACUACCGGAAACCCCGAAGGCAAAGAAACCUCGACCGAAACGUCCGCCUACGGGAAAUCCGAAGAGGCAGGAUAAGAUGAAGAGUGCCACCGCACAAAGUGAAAGGGUGGAACUGUCUAGUGUUGAUUGUAGUGCUGUUGUUCAACCACCUGUGAUUCCUCCUAUGCCCAAGGUAGACGUAUUUUCCCCCAGUCAACCUGUUCGCUUGGUCGCAGCUCCGCAACCAAUUUCCAUAAGUCAUAUCGAUACUCAGGAUAGAAGUCUACUGCAUAAUAUAAACCCUGUCGGUAGUUUUCAAAGAACAUCAAGGUUAAAUUCAUCUUACAUACCUGUCGAACAACCAGUGCAGGAAAACCCCUCCUCAGCUUAUGGUCUGAAAAUGAGUAAAAGCAUCGGUGGUGUCGAUAACGGUAGCGAGAGUAGCAGCUCCGGUGAUAGUGAGAGCGAGAGUGAGAGUGAAAGCAGUGGACCUGAAGGUGGCGUCUCUCCAGAAACGUCUAUUUCUCAACGCCAAGAUCCCAGUUUGCAGUACACUGAACAAAGAAUGCCAUUUAACAAUGUUAUGUCACUGUUUCAAAGCAGCCCGGCUGGUGCAGAUCGCAAAAACAAUUUUGGUGGAUAUUAGAGACCUCAAUUUCAACGUACACGCACACAGACAUUGCAUGUGGGUUAUAUUAUUGAAUUAAAGCUAUAACCAUUAGAACAUUAGAACUCUAUACUGCGCAUACAAUUUAAAAACGUCAUGGUAUUGUGCUCACAUGCGCCAUCUAUAUCUAUAUAAGAUCUUGGAAUUUUGAAACAGUUACCUUGACACGCCUCUUUUUAAGUGGUACAAAAUUACCAAAUUUACCAAGAAAUUAUAAUUGUAUUUAGUAUGUGGGUUUUGUGAUUUGAUUAGUUUUC